UUUAGCUUUUUCUACUUCCACCAAAACCCGCCCUAAACCCUAACCCGUUACCUUUUGAUUCAUUCGAAAGAAUGAACAGACGAAGCCUAAAGACUCUUCUUAAUCACUCAAUUUCAUCUCUCAUGUACCCGUCAAAAUCCUCUUUUUUCAUUUCUCAUUCAUUCAAUUUUUCCCGCCAAAAUCUGCUGUCUGUUUUCGCCCGGUUCAUCUCCGACUCUUCUCCCUACCAUCUUCCCGGAUUGAUCGACCCAGACGACGCCGUUUUGGCCGAGGCUUCACGGGUGGAGUCCGUUUCCGCGGAAGAAUUUGGAUUUCUGCGGGACUCUUUGAUGAAUUCAGAUGCUAAGUCAGUGCCAAUAUAUGAUGCUGGUAAGUGCUCCAACGAUGCCGUUUUAAUUGCUAAUACGAUAUUGGGUGAUAAAGAUGGGUUUAAUGAUAGAACUCUGAAGUCUCUUAGGCAAUUUAGAGGAAAAUUAAGUGAAUCAGUAGUGGUUGAUGUGUUGAAUUUGCUUAAAAACCCUGAAUUGGUUGUUAAGUUUUUUAUUUGGGCGGGUAGACAGAUUGGGUAUUCACAUUCGAUGCCUGUGUAUAAUGCAUUGUUGGAGCUAAUAGAAUGUGAUAAAAGUGAGAGAGUUCCAGAAGAAUUUUUGCGUGAAAUAAGAAAUGAUGAUAGGGAAGUGCUUGGGAAGUUGCUUAAUGUGUUGAUUCGUAAAUGUUGUCGAAAUGGGUUGUGGAAUGUGGCUUUAGAGGAGUUAGGGAGGUUGAAAGACUUUGGGUAUAAGUGUACACGAGCAACUUAUAAUGCAUUAAUUCAAGUGUUUUUAAGAGCAGAGAGAUUAGAUACAGCUAAUCUGGUUUAUAGAGAGAUGUCGGAUGCAGGGUUUAGUAUGGAUGCUUUUACUUUAGGUUGUUUUACGCAUUCCCUUUGCAAAGCAGGGAGGUUGAGGGAAGCAAUGACAUUGAUUGAGAAGGAAGAAUUUGUGCCGGAUACAGUCCUUUAUACGAAAAUGAUAUCUGGGUUGUGCGAAGCUUCACUUUUUGAAGAAGCUAUGGAUAUUCUGAACAGAAUGCGAGCUAGUUCUUGCAUUCCUAAUGUUGUAACAUUUAGGAUUCUCCUUUGUGGGUGUUUGAGGAAAAAAAAACUUGGCAGAUGUAAAAGGAUUCUCAGUAUGAUGAUUUCAGAAGGUUGUUAUCCAAGUCCUAGGAUAUUUAAUUCUCUUGUUCAUGCUUUUUGUAGGUCAGGGGAUUACUCUUAUGCCUAUAAGUUACUUAAGAAGAUGGCCCAAUGUGGGUGCCAGCCAGGUUAUGUGGUUUAUAAUAUAUUGAUUGGAGGCAUAUGUUCCAAUGAGGUGUUGCCUGGUCCUGAUGUGUUGGAUCUGGCUGAGAAAGCUUAUAGUGAAAUGCUUGAUGCAGGGGUUGUCCUAAAUAAAAUCAAUGUAACUAAUUUCUCGCGGUGUCUUUGUGGUGCUGGAAAAUUUGAGAAAGCUUAUAGUGUUAUUCGUGAAAUGAUGAGUAAGGGAUUUAUACCUGAUACUAGUACAUAUUCUAAAGUAAUUAGCUAUCUAUGUGAUGCUUCUGAAAUAGAAAAGGCUUUUUCAUUGUUUCAAGAAAUGAAAAGAAAUAAUUUAGUUCCUGAUGUCUAUACAUAUACAAUAUUAAUUGACAAUUUUUGUAAAGCUGGCCUUAUUGAACAGGCUCGAAAUUGGUUUGAUGAAAUGGUAAAAGAGGGUUGUGCUCCAAAUGUGGUUACUUAUACUGCUCUUAUACAUGCAUACUUAAAGGCAAGAAAGUUGUCCUGUGCCAAUGAACUCUUUGAAGCUAUGCUAUCUGAUGGUUGCAUUCCUAAUAUUGUCACGUUUACAGCUUUGAUUGAUGGUCAUUGUAAAGCUGGGCAGAUUGAUAAGGCUUGCCAGAUUUAUGCUAGAAUAAGGGGUGAUGUGGAAAUUCCAGAUGUAGAUAUGUAUUUCAAGGUUGUUGACAGCAACAUCAAAGAACCAAAUGUUUUCACAUAUGGAGCUUUGAUAGAUGGUCUGUGCAAAGCUUACAAAGUCAAAGAGGCCCAUAACGUAUUGGAUGCAAUGUUCGCGGAUGGUUGUGAGCCAAACCAUAUUGUGUAUGAUGCUCUAAUUGAUGGGUUUUGCAAGGUUGGGAAGCUUGAGGAAGCACAAGUGGUAUUUUCCAAGAUGUUGGAGCAUGGAUACAGUCCAAAUGUAUAUACUUACAGCUCUUUGAUUGACAGAAUGUUUAAGGAUAAGAGAUUGGAUCUUGCUUUAAAAGUCUUGUCCAAAAUGCUUGAAAAUUCCUGUCCUCCUAAUGUUGUUAUAUACACAGAGAUGAUUGAUGGUCUCUGCAAAGUUGGAAAGACAGAUGAAGCCUAUAAGCUUAUGUUGAUGAUGGAAGAAAAGGGUUGCUAUCCAAAUGUUGUGACUUAUACGGCCAUGAUAGAUGGCUUUGGGAAACUGGGUAAAAUUGACAAAUGCCGUCAGCUGUUUAGUGAAAUGAGUUCAAAAGGUUGUGCACCAAAUUUUGUCACGUAUCGAGUUUUAAUAAACCAUUUUUGUUCUUCUGGUCUUCUAGAUGAGGCUCACCAACUUUUGGAAGAGAUGAAGCAGACAUACUGGCCUAGGCAAUUAGCAAGCUAUCGUAAGGUUGUUGAAGGCUUAAGCAGAGAGUUCAUAGUCUCACUGGGGCUUUUAGAGGAGAUGGAGAAAAAUGAUUCAGUACCAAUCACUCCAGUUUAUAGAAUUCUGAUUGAUAACUUUGUAAAAGUUGGAAGACUGGAAGUGGCUUUAGAGCUGCAUGAGGAGAUGGCAUUGUAUUCAUCAAUUUCAGCUGUGAACAAAAGUACAUAUGUUUCAUUAAUUGAGAGUCUCUCCCUUGCAGGUAAGAUUGAUAAAGCUUUUCAGUUGUAUGUAGACAUGAUAAGAAAGGGAGCUGUUCCAGAGCUGAGCACAUUUGUUCAUCUGAUUAAAGGGCUAAUCAGAGUUAACAGGUGGGAAGAUGCCCUGCAACUGUCCGAUGGCAUAUGCCAAACGAAUAUUAAUUGGCUUCAAGAAGAUGGAUCUAGCUCAACCUAGGCUUUUUGUACGUUAAUUGGUUCACUGUCAACUAAGAAGGCGGAUCUAGCUUUAACUGUACAUGUGCACUUCUCAGAGCCUAACUUUAUUGGAGCAGAAUUUUCAGUCCAUUCAUAUGAAAACAUGAAGACAAAUGUAGCAGUUUGAUCCUUUAUAACUGAGUGUAUAUUCUUGGUGGCUUUGGUUCACCAUGAGAAGCAACAUUGAUCAAGAGGAAGCUAUAUAAUGGAUUGCUGAGCUACAACAAAAAUUUGUUGUUUGGCUAUCCAAGUUGACAAAGUCAGUAAUAGUAUGCGCUGUUUGUUUUAUAUCACCUGGCUUUGCAUGAAGCUGCUGCUGCUUACUGCUUAUUGCUUGCUAGGCAAGACAUUUUUCUUUAAACUAAUUCGCCGCCAGCUAUCCAUCAACAAUCGCAAGCCAAAGGCCUUCAUAUUGAUUGUCAUGAUGAGCUCAUUUCCUUCUUUCACUGGUAAUCCGGAGUUCUUUUUCAGUUGCAGUGCUCUUUGCUGAUCACUUGAUCAUCACCUGGUCAGAUUUGGUGGGUACGGAAUAUUGCACCAUGCUUUAUGAUGAGCUAUCUUGCUAAGUGCUCAUAAGUCCUAAUAGACAAGGCCCUUUUCCAGCCCUGAUCAAACUUCAUGUUUCGGUGCAGUAAUUUUUGCUCUUUAAGCUUUCCAAAGCAGCUCAUCUUCAAUCUUUGAUGCUGCGAAAUAUGAGAAAGCUCCUGCAAUUGCUUACAUCCUGCCAUUUACAAUCAUGGUGUGCUUAGACAAAGCCUAUCAAUGUUUAUAAUCUGUGGGGCAUUCCAGCGAUUCACUGGAUCAAAUUGCUCGGUUAGAUUAUUGACAUUGAUGAAGCAGAUAUUCUCGAUGAAACUAUGCAGGGAAACCGUCUGUCAAAUUUGGUGGCAAAUGAAUUGACUUAAAUUUAUAGGUUCAAUUCCAACUUCAGUUGACAAGGAAAAAUCUUCUCACAGUUGAGAAGUGUUACAGAGAGCGUAGAGCCCUUGUUUCAGAGAACUGAGCAUGGAAUGAGGCACCACUUUGAAUGCAUCUUUUCACUCUCUGUUAGAAUGCUUGUUCCUGUUUUAAGGGAGGAAUUAUUCUUUUUCUAUAGUUUAUAGAUUGCUUUAUGUUUAUAAUAAAUAAAUUAUAUUAAACUAAAAUUCUUAGAGAUUAUUAAAAAUUAUUAAUGUUUCAUUUCUUGAUCUCCAAUUGCAGAGUUCUUAAGAUCUUCAAUAGAGUUUCCUCUUCUA